AUGGAGGCCAAGGCCCAGGCGUAUUUGGAAAAACUCAGCAACUCCCUACAGGCCGCUGGUCGCACGGCAACGGCGGAUGUGUUAAAGCGGGCCAAGGAGGAAUUUGAGCGUUCCUUAUGGUGCGAGAUGACCGACGACUUGCUGUUGGCCGUGCGUGAUCCUUUGGUGCUGGAGUCUGCCUAUGAACUGCAUGAAAACGUCUUGAAGGUGACGCGCAUGGACAUGUCGCCUACGGCCUACGUCAAACUCCUGCACUACAUCUGCUUCUGCCCAAAUAGCACUCUCCAAAAGGCACUUGAUCUUCUCAAUGGCGCCGUCGUCGCUCUCUCUACAAGCUCAGAGCAGGGCGAGAACAUGGCCAAUUGCAUCCGGGCCCUGUUGCUGCUGGACAGUUACAACGACAAGUCCUCGCCCGCCGGAACGGCUGCCUCAGAGGCGAGCCGGAUUCUUGACAAGGUAGAGAGCUUCAUCCACUCCAAGCAGAUGCACGAGGUGGAGCCCGUUUUAGCCGCACUGCAUUGCCAGGCCCGUGGAAAGGACUACGAGAUACGCCAGCAGUACACAAAAUACUACUCGAACGCUUUUGAAACCGUGAAGAGUGCGGAGCGUGCCGAGAUGCCGAUUAUUGAGAGUGACCUCUUGUCUCUUGCCUACAAAGCUGCUCUUUCGGCGCUCCUUUCGGAGGAAAUUUAUAACUUUGGUAAGUUUCUGAACGAACGUCACUUCACGGAGCGCCUUGCGGAUUCUGUGCAACACGCGUGGAUACUCGAAUGGCUGCGUCUCUGCAAUGAUGGCAAGGUGGAGGAGUUUGAACAGUACGCCGUUGCCCACAAGGCGGAAAUGGCGGCGAGCCCCAUCCUUUCCGAAUUCUUUCCCUCCAUCACGAAGAAGGUGCGACUGAUGGCUCUUCUUCACCUUGUUUUCUACACACCGUUUAACGAGCGCACGUUUACCUUUGAUGUGAUUGCGCGGCGUUGUGCGGUUGACGAGGAACGGGUGGAACCACUGCUGCUCGCGGCACUGGCGCAGGGUAUCAUCAUGGGGAAGAUCGACGGCCUCACACAGGAGGUGCACAUCACAUGGGUGGAACCACGUGUAUUGAGCCUGCAGGAGGUGAAGGAACUUGCCGUUCACGUUUCACGCUGGAAGGAAAAAACGCUGGGGCUCAUGCAGUGCAUGAAGGAGGCUGCUCAGGAGACACACAAUUGA